AUGCCGGACGAGGUGACGGAGCCCGGUAGCGCCACGCCGGCCCGCGUCUCGUCCUUUUUCAUCGAGAACUUGCUAGGGGGAGAGGGCAAGGAGACGAGCCGAGGGGAGGACGAGGACGAGGACGAAGACGAGGAAGAAGAAGAGGAAGAGGAAGGGGAGGAAGACCAGGAAGAGGCACGGAGGCGACUGAGGCAGCUGCGGGCGGGCGCCGAGACCCGGGAGGGUCGUGAGCGUUGCGUACUGGGAGCUAGAGCCGGAGCCGGAGCCCGACCCGGUCCCUGCCUCCUGCCACCACCCCCUGCCUGCUGCCCCGGCCCGGCGUAUGGCUUCGGUGCUCAUGGCUACGCGAUUGCCGAGAGCCCGGCUCAGUGGUACCGACGCACCCAUGCCAGCUACAUCAGUUGUCACAGUCCAGACACCAGUGACCGGGACUCCCCAGAGGUCGGCGAGGAGGCUGGCAGGCCCGAGAGCGGCUGCCGGCGGCGGUCAGGCGCCCCUGGGUCUUCGGAGCGCCUGGAUCGCGAUCCAGAUGAGUCGGCCUGCAGCAGCAGCAGCGGUGGUGGUGGCGGCGGCAGCGCACGCGGAGAGGACGACAGGCCUGAACCGGACUCUGCCGAACCUCGGGCUGCCGGCCGCAAGAAGAAAACGCGCACUGUGUUCAGCCGCAGCCAGGUAUUCCAGCUGGAAUCCACGUUCGACGUGAAGCGCUACCUGAGCAGCGCCGAGCGUGCCGGCCUGGCAGCCUCCCUGCAGCUCACCGAGACACAGGUGAAGAUCUGGUUCCAGAACCGCAGGAAUAAGUGGAAGCGGCAGCUGGCUGCAGACCUGGAGGCCGCGAGCCUGUCCCCGUCUGCUCAAAGGCUGGUCCGUGUGCCCAUCCUCUACCACGAGAACUCACCAGCCGCGGGAGGAGGCCUGGCCUUCCCCUUGUCGCCCGCGUCGGCGCCGCCCCCGCCGCCCCUCGUGGGCUUCCCGGGAGCGCUUGGUUAUCCGUUGGCCGCCUUCCCGACUGCCGCAGCUGCCUCUCUUCCCUUCCUGCGGCCCUCGCAGAUGCCGGGCUUGGUCUGA